CUUGCGGAAGUAAAGAGUAACUAUGUAGGCAAGCUGAUGCUGACUUUGGUUAAGUAGCUGUAGAGUUUAGAGUUGUUUCAUAACUUGCCAUUUAAAAGGUAGACAUUUUAAUUGUAGUUGUUUGGUUUAGUCAACGCGGUGCCCACCUUACCAAGAUUUGAACCAUGGAGGCGGUGCCGAACCUGCUCAACUUGUUGGAAAACAUGCGUGCGUACGCCGAUGUGCUACUCAACGAGGAUGUGGAGCCCAAGUUUCUGCAGAUGGCGUUGUGUUUCGAGCGCUGCCGAGGCCAGUGGCUGCGCGUGGAGGAGGAGCUGGGCGGCUGCCAGGAGCGGCUGACCAAGGCGGAGACGGAGCGCGGCGCCCUGGAGGUGAAGCUGAAGCACGCACGCAACCAGGUGGACGUGGAGGUCCGCCGCAGGCAGAAGGCCGAGGCAGAGUGCGAGAAAAUGGAUCGUCAGAUCCAGCUGAUCCGGGACCUGCUGGUGUGUGAUGGUUCCACCAGCCUGCAGCUGAACGAGGAGCAGCGCUCCGCUCUGGCCUUCCUCAACGCCCGCACGCGCAACCCCAACCUCAACACCAGUCGCAAGCUGACUACCAUUGAUGAGUCGACCUCCAUCCUCUCCUGCCCUCCGUCAGAUAUCAGCUAUGACAAGACUGAUGACUCUCUGGACUGGGACUCAUCUGGGCUCCACACCAUCAGGCUGAGGAAGAGACAGAAAAGACGCUCCUCACGCCUGCAUGUUGAUGGCCCUUCAGAUGGUCCCAAGAGGUCCCGCUCCAAUGGUCGCAGAUCUGAAAAGGUGAAUGACUCCAUUGUGGCCAAGACUACGGUAACCGUGCCUGCUGACGGAGGCCCAAUCCAGGCCGUCUCCACCAUCCAGUCUGUACCCUACAGGAGCCAUGGCAACAGGAAGGCUGCCCAGUGGGAUACAGACACCGAUACCCAGUCUGAGUGUAUGACCGAUGGCCCCAGCGCUCCCCCCAGUGUGGUCAGCAUCCCCAGCACCCCCAAAGUCAGCAAGCCCCUCAAGGCACACUCCUUCGCCUCCAAAACGGUAAUCAAGCCUGAAACCUGCACGCCAUGUGGAAAGCGCAUCAAGUUUGGCAAGCUGUCUUUGAAGUGCCAGUCCUGCCGCGUGGUGGCUCAUGUGGAGUGCCGCGACCAGUGCCCCUUGCCAUGCCAGCCCGCCAACUCUGCCACCCCAACCAAAACCACAGAGCAGGGCUCUCUGAGUGACUAUGUUUCCUCUCCUGGACCCAUGAUCCCUCUACUGGUCAUCCAGUGUGUGAAUGAGAUUGAGGAGAGGGGACUACAUGAGACCGGUCUGUACCGCAUCUCCGGCUCCGAGCGCGUGGUGCGCGACCUGAAGGAGCGGUUUGUGCGGGGUAACGGCGCCGUGCCCCCUCUGGGCCGCGUGGAGGACAUUCACGCCGUCACCGGGUUUCUGAAGGACUUCUUCAGGAACCUGAAAGAGCCACUUGUCACCUACCGACUCAACCGAGCCUUCAUGCAGGCCGCAGAAAUUGGUGAUGAGGACAACAGCAUUGCAGCGAUGUACCAGACCAUCAGCGAGCUCCCCCAGGCUAACAGAGACACCCUGGCCUUCCUCACUAUGCACCUGCAGAGAGUGGCCCAGAGUCCAGACACCAAGAUGGAUGCCACUAACUUGGCCCGAGUGUUCGGCCCCACCAUCGUCGGCCAUGCGGUGCCAGACCCCGACCACAUGACCCUCCUGACGGACACCCAGCGCCAGCCCCGGGUGGUGGAGAGGCUCCUGAGUCUGCCGGGAGGCUACUGGCGCCAGUACCUGGUGGAACAGGACAACAUGCCCCAGACUCCCACCAAUGAUGGCUCCCACACUCCAGUGAGCAUGCUGGGACCGGUCACCACUCCAGAGCACCAGCAGCAGCACCAGCUGACCAAGACCCCCUCCUCCAGCUCGCUCUCCCAACGCGUCAAGUCCACCCUCUCCACUCCCAUUUUUGGGAGCAGGAGUAAGGCGACAGUGGGCUUCAGCCGCCCGGGUAACUUCUUCUCCUCGCCCAUGCUGAAGUGAGGAGGAGACCCUGAAGACGGACCGCCAUUGCUGGAGGCACCACUGUAGACGAUGCCCGCACUUUAUCCUACUAUGCAACAAACACUCCAACCAUGUACCAGCUCUCUUACACACCCUUAUACAACAGUCCUAUUUAAUGAUUCUGUAAUCCGUAUUUUAACCGUAUAACACUCCUAUUUUAUCACUUUCUACUGUAUUGAAUGUAUCAUACUAUCAAGCUAACAAAGAGCUAGAGGCAUUUGAUUUAUGAUGUUAAACCACUGGAGGGCUCCUUCUAAAAGAUAACGAAGUUGAACAUGUAUUUGCUAUUAAUUUUUUAAAAGAAUUAUGGACCACAAGGUAAUUGUUGUCUUGUGCAAUGUUGACUAUAGUUGUUUUAACACUGCUACUACUACUGCUGCUACUGCUACUACUACAGUGUUUGAAUGGGGGGGAAAAAAAUCUUAACUAAAAUGUUUUAUUAUUUUUGUGAGAAAAAAAAUACACAGUAGUAGUGUGAUUGAAUGGUGCAGAAUUUGGUGACUGUUCUGCCAAACAAGAGACAAAUCUUAACAAGUAAUCAUGGUUCUAUAAAGUCAGAGGGGCGGGAUUGUAUGAUGUGAGUGAAGUCUUCCUUUUGUAUUGUUGCAAUGAUUUCUCCUUUUCAAGCUCUGAAAUGUAACCAAGAUGUAUACCUAGGAAAUGAGUGCCAUUACUUUUCUAUUCAGUGUUUCUAUCAAGAAGAAUUGUCAUUAUUCUUGUUUUCAAAAUGUCUAUUUUUGGAUUUGUUUGGUAAGACUUGUGAUGUGCAAUGUGUUUUGCUUUCCCUUUACUUUGAUGUGAGAACUUUUUAUUUUGUUCACUAAUAAGCGUAUACCUACUGUAACUAACUCUUAUUCUGAUGCCAAAAUUGCAUUGUUAAAUUGGGAUUGGAGUUGUGUGCCCUCAACUUGAUGUUAAUCUGUUGAAGGUGCAAUGAAACAAAUGUUUUGGUCUAGUAGGCCUACUUGACCAUGGACCAUGGUUUGAUCAUUUGUGAUUUGUGACACUUUGAAAUACAGAUAUGGUUGAAAAA